GGUUGCGGGUCAUGGAAUUGAUUGAAUGGCUGUGACGUGAGGAGUAAAUAAGUGCGUAAAUAAUUUCGCAUGUGUUUCCUCGCAAAAGAAGAAAUUAAUAUGUAAUUAAUUAAUUACUGUGAUUAGUAAUUUUUGGCGGAUAACGCUUUCCGAUUAGCGACCAAGAUGAGCGUGAGAAGAUAUAUUCACCCGAGAAACAAGUACAAAACACCGCCAGAUUACAAGAAACUCGCGAUCAAAUACCCGAAAUUUCGCCAAAUUGCAAUCACGGAUCUCGCAGGAAGAGUCAGAAUAGAUUUUCAAAAUGAGAAGAGCCUGCGUACGCUCACGGAGACACUAUUAAUGCAUGAUUUUGGUCUACUCGUACGCAUACCACCAGACAAAUUGAAUCCCACAAUCACGCUACGCAUGAAUUAUAUUCUGUGGAUUGAGGACUUGAUGAACCAUCUCAAAUUGAAAAUGGAUAAGGUCACAGGUAUUGACAUCGGAACGGGAGCAACUUGCAUAUACGCUUUAUUGCUUGCAAAAAUCUACGGUUGUCAUAUGAUUGGCACAGAAGUGGAUGAAGCCAGUGUGGAACACGCGCGGGAUUGCAUACAAGGGAACAAUUUAGAAAAUUUAAUUAAAGUGAUUACAGUGAACGCUGGUAGAAUUUUUAAAGACGUGAUCGAGAGUAACGACGCUUACGAUUUUUCGAUGUGCAACCCACCGUUCUUCGAGAGCGCUGACGAUGACGCUGAGAGAAUCGCGAAGGCUUUGCCACCAAGAAACGCGUCUACCGGGAACGCUAGUGAAUUGAAGACCGUUGGUGGCGAGUGGGCAUUCGUAGCUCAAAUGAUCGACGAGAGUAUCGAGCUGAGAGAUCGCAUAAAGGUCUACAGCACGAUGGUCGGCAGGAAAACUGACUUGAUGCGUCUCAAGCAGGAAAUAGUGUCGAGAGGUACGACGAAUGUGACAUGGACGGAAUUCUGCCAGGGUCAUACGACGAGGUGGGGCUUGGCUUGGAGUUUCCUGCCGAGAAGCGUCGUGGAUCUCACCACGGCACCCGUUAUCAGAAAAAGUGGAAAAUCCAUAGUGCAAUCCGUAAAGAAUACCUUGAAGAAGGAGACUUCGAUAACGUUUCCAAUAGGGGAUGAAUUCUCAUGCAUGGACGACUUGAUUAGUUUUUUAACAACAACAGUGAAACAGUUGAACGUUACACUGUACCGGAUACCGGUUUGCAAAGACAGUUUCAACGGUUGGAUGUGUCGAAUAGUUGCCAAGGAAAAGUCGUGGGAGCAUGCACGCAGGAAGCGGCGUUUAGCCUUGAGGCAAACCGCGCCAAAGAGAUUGGACGACGGGGGUGGCAAAUGCAUCGAAGAAACUGUGAAUGAUAAAGAUACGUCGGACGCAAUCGCGGAAGGACCUAACGAUACUGGACAGGCUAAUAAAAAUUCAGAUGCAACAUCGACAAUAAUCACGGUUGAGGGAAAUAAUGCGGAAGGUGCGAGUGACGAAAGUUCUGAGGAAAAGGUACUCGAUGAGCGCAUUCCCGUGCUCACUUGCAAGCUCUGCGUAGAGACCAGGAGCUCGGAAUGCGACGAGGACGACGUAUUCAGGAUAUGGAUGGUCUACGAGAACGGGAGCGGCGGUCUGGAUGCUUUGCACUCAUUGCGGCAAUAUUUGAUAAAUCGGUUGGGCGUGCGGGGAAAGAUUCUCGAUAAUUCCUCGAAAGAUAGCAAGAAACAAAGAAGGAAAAAAGCAAGGAAGGACGUCGCAGGUACAAGUUUCGCCGUUCCUACCGCGCGACCUCGGACAGUUGAUGAAGAUUCGUCGAGAAAAGGCGACACGGGUAGCUCCGAUGAUCGUUGAAGCGAGAUGCUGCGCGCUACACACGAAAUGAUCUAUUUUGUGCAACACGCGUUGAAGGAAGAGAGUUCAGGAAUUGGUUUUUUAUGGGACUCUCCAUCCUGGACCCUUUCCCGCUCCGGUGGAGAUGGACUGAUGUACAUACAUAAACCGAUAAAUAUGUAAACCAAGUC